AUGGCAACUGUCGUGACGCAGUCAGUCACGGUGACUGGCUCGCAGUCAGUGGUGGUCGUCACCUCGACCAUAGGGGCUUCUGAGCUCUCUCUCAUCACUGGAUCUUCCACCGCCUCUGCCAGCUCAUCUGCAGGUAGUUCUAGUCCCACGAGCAGUAGCUCUUCCUCGUCAAGUGGUGCCGGUGCAAGCAACACAUCCUCUCCGUCCUCGCUCACCUCGUCGCGUCCCAUUGGUGGCAUCGUCGGAGGAAUUGUGGGUGGCAUCGCUUUGAUUGGUCUGCUGAUCGUCUUGGCGCUCAUGAGGAGGAGACGCUCUCAAGCAAAGAAGAAAGCAGCGAACCCUUUCCCUGACGACGAAAGCGAGAAGGGGCCUGCGGUGAUCGCUGGCUUACCUCCCAAGCCUACCACACCACCACGCCCAACGUCGCGCAAUUUCAGCAUGGCGGAUGCCACCUCGUCCAUGGCUCUGCUCGGCACCGAGACCGAGUCUCGAUCGGCUCAAACCCGCCGACCUUCGACUACAUCUUUGGCAAUGGGCUCGGCCGCCUCCUACCCGCACUCUCACGCAAGCCACUUUGGCUCGCCCAUGACUCACGACGCCGCCGCUUUUGCGGGGUAUCCGGAUGUGAACCGCUCGGCUUACUACGAGCCCGCACCUGCAGGAUCAGCAGCGGCAGCGUACAACUAUGGCAACGCUGCUGCGAGCGUCUCUCCGCGCUCGUCAAUGUAUAUGGGUGAUGCUCCUGCUCAGCUGCCAAUGGGGGCUGCAGCUCCGGACUAUGCUACAGCCAGCGAUGCCGCCAGGGUGCGGAGAUUGUCUCGAGGAUACCAGGGUGAGCCCUCUCGAUCGGGUGCAACGUCACCCACUGGCUCCAGCAGCCGUAGAGCUUCGUGGGUGGAGCCGGACAGCAUGCAGCAACGUCGACUGUCGACAGGUGGCUUCCCUGGCUAUCAGCCCAACCUUCAGACCAUACCUGGCUCUGUUGCUGCCUCCGAAGUGGCGAGCGAGCACCACUCGAUGCAUUCGAGCGCACUCGGGAGUCGCGGUACGCAGCAGUAUCCGUCCAUUGCUGCCGGAUCCAGCCCGCCUCUGUCGCACGGUGCUCUUGCGGGAGACAGCGACGGCUACAACACCUACACGGGAGCGGUUAAGGGCCAGUUGCGGGUGGUCGGCCCGUCCGGAGCCUACGGUCAGCCUACCAUCGCUGAGGAGGAUCCGCGCUUUAGCACCUCGAGCAGGACAGGCAGCAGGAUGCUCGAGAUGCUUGACGCUGAGGAGCAGCCGAUUGUGCCCGACUCUGUCACGGGCGGAGAGCCCACUCAGCCAGCAGCCACGCCGUCUCGACCGCCCUUCUGGAAGGAGCGCAGCAAAUCGGCUCAGUCCAUCACGCGGGUCUUCCGCAGUUCGCCUCGUCAAAGCCCAGCGACGGAACUUCCACCCUUGGACCUCGGUCGAUCCGAUCUGGCACCGGAAGCACCGAUGACCGACGGGGACACCGGCAUGUGGAAGGAGCCAUCCCGAGCAAAGUCGCCCAGCGCUCUUCGAAAGUGGACCACGAAACGAAACUCGAAGGGACCCACAGGGGCCGCCGAUAACGAGGUGGAUGUCGACCAGCUCUUCAGCUGA